CCUUCACAUCUCGCGAUGCGCGGCGAGGCUCGAAUGCGCUUCAGCAAAUCUUCCCGAAUUUGGGACCGAACGUUGGGAAUCCUCGACGCUUGACGCCCCCCCCCCCCCCCAUCACGACUUUAGCGGACGAAAACGUCACUCGUGAAAUCUUCGCGUCCGGUUGGAGUCGUCUCGUGCACCUGGAAGCUCCUCGGCCUAGCUUAGCCUAGCCUAGCCUAGCUUAGCUUGCUAACAAAGAGACGCGUUUGAGAUCAAGCGGGAGGUCCGAGAAGUGUUGCGAUCGCCGUGUGAAAAUGCGUGCGAGGAGGACGGCGGAGUACGAGGAGGAACUUCGGGGCCCGAAAGAGGAGGAGGGGCCAAAAGGUCAACGACCGGACGCUGCGUUCGAUCUGCGGCCUCCGACUGUGCCACGCAGAGCAGACAUCACUGAGCCCCCUCACAUUAAAGAGGAGGUGGAGGACAAAGAGGUCCACCACAUCAAAGAAGAAGAGGAGCCCAUUUUUAUAAAAAAAGAGGAGGAAGAAGCGUGUCCCCACAUCAAACAGGAAGAGGAGGAGGAGGAUAUCACCAAGUUUCCAUGGACUGGUGUCCCUUUGAAGAGUGAAGCUGAAGGUCAAAGUGAGGAGAGCAGAGGGGCGGAGCCUCCAAGCAGCAGCAGCUCAAGUCAACACAUGAAGACAGAAGGUGACAGAGAAGACCACUGUGGAGGAUCACCAGCAGACGGCCUCUUAGCUCCACUAUCAGAUAGUGACGACAUCACGUCACACUCUACUCGCACUGAUGAUGAUGAUGAAGAUGAUGAACAGUCAGAAGGUGGCAUGACAUGUCACGCUGACAACAAACGAUGGAAAUGUUCUCAGUGUGGGAAAACAUUUGCUAAUAAGAGCAUUUUGAAACAACACGUGAGAACACACACUGGAGAGAAACCUUUUGCCUGCUCGGUUUGUGGUCAAACAUUCACUUGGGAGGGAAACUUGAAAAGACACACAAGAACCCACACUGGUGAGAAACCUUUUUCCUGCUCAGUUUGUGGGCAGAGAUUCUCUGUGAAGGAAAGCUUAAAAUUACACACAAGAACGCACACUGGUGAGAAACCUUUUUCCUGCACAGUUUGUGGUCAACGAUUCUCUGGUAAGAAAAACCUAACGAUACACACAAGAACUCACACUGGUGAGAAACCUUUUUUCUGCACAGAUUGUGGCCAAAGAUUCUCUAUGAAGGAACACUUGAAAAGACACACAAGAACCCACACUGGCGAGAAACCUUUUUCCUGCACAGUUUGUGGUAAAACAUUUACUCAGAAGACGGAUUUAAAAAGACACACAAGAACACACACUGGUGAGAAACCUUUUGCCUGCUCGGUUUGCGGUCAAAAAUUCUCUGAAAAGGGAAAGUUGAAAAUACACACAAGAACCCACACUGGUGAGAAACCGUUUUCCUGCAAAGUUUGUGGUAAAACAUUCAUUCAGAAUACAGAUUUAAAAAGACACACAAGAACGCACACUGGUGAGAAACCUUUUGCCUGCUCAUUUUGUGGUCAACGAUUCUCUGGUAAGAAAAACUUAACAAUGCACACAAGAACGCACACUGGUGAGAAACCGUUUUCCUGCACAGUUUGUGGUAAAACAUUCAUUCAGCAGACAAAUUUAAAAAGACACACAAGAACGCACACUGGUGAGAAACCUUUUGCCUGCUCAGUUUGUGGUCAACGAUUCUCUGGUAAGAACAACUUAACAAUGCACACAAGAACGCACACUGGUGAGAAACCUUUUCCCUGCAGAGUUUGUGGAAAAACAUUCACUCAGAAGACAAAUUUAAAAAGACACAAGAACGCACACUGUUGAGAAACCUUUUUCCUGCUCAGGAUUCUCUGAGAUGAUCGGGUUAAGACACAAGUGUGCUGGUGAGAAUCACAAUUUAAAAAAAAAAAAAAAAAAAAAAAAAUGUAAUUACUAUGUUACUGACUGACAAAAAUCGAAUCUGUAUUCUGUGUCCCAGCUUUUGUUUUCUCCUUGUCCCUAUAUUUUCUGAAAGUCUCCCGUGUGCAAAUGUUGAGAAUUAGCAGUGUUCCCAAAACACUUUCAAGGGGCGAGUUAAUGGGGUGAACAUAGGCACUGAUUCCAUUGUUCUAGAAGGUUUGGGAAGCUUGUUGUAAAAAAAUCGACGGUGAAGUGUCUCCUUGAGGAAAGACGGGCACGUCAUCCCACAAAAAGGAAUUCUUUUUGAUAUGAUCUGCACAUCACCAUUCUUCUUGAAAUUGGGCACCAGCACACUUUUCCUCCAUUAUUCUUCACUUGCCUCUUCUGUCGCAGUUCCAUCUCUAUCCUUAACCACCCUAACCUGCUGCACAUCCUUCCCAUCUCUAUCGCUCUGUCUGGCCAGCCUGUAUCGAUCCUUUUCUCCUUCUUUAGUGUCCAACCUGGCGUACAUGUCCUCAUGUGCCCCUUCUUUGGUCUUUGCCCUACGUCGCAGCUCAAUGUAUUCCUUUCUCCUCUCCUUGGUCUUCUCAGUGUCCCACUUCUUCUGAGCACAUUCUUAGCUAAUGCUUCCUUUAAAAUAAACCCUACUCCAUUUUGCUUCCCCAUCUACACCAUGGUCAAAUAAUUUCAACAUGCCGGUGGCGGACGUUGUUAAUCCGGUAUGGAUCGGUUAUGCUUGUGCGCCCCACAGGGCUGUAUUGUAAAGUGUAUUUGUGAUUCUUAAUAAAAUACACCUCUUAAAACAUUGA